UCAUCAAAUCCCAUGAACCUCUCCGGUCCGCACGUGAAGAAGGUCGCCAUUUUGUUGCCGGUACAGUAAGUUUGGCGGAAAAAAUAUCAGUCCAAUGCUAUCCAGGUUGCGUUUGGCUGGACGAGUUGCUCCAGGUGUCUCAAGGCUGCUGCAAUGUGCAAAGCCAAGUGCUCCAGCAUUAACUAGAUUAUGUCAGACGAAAGUCCAAGAGAGUAAAGAUGAAACUCCAGAAUUUGGUCAGUUUUUGAGAGAUGUUAGUGCCAAGAUCAAGGAAAAAACGGGUGAAACUGGACACCUUCUUCUGUUUGGUGGCCUUGGUGCUUAUGCUUUGUCUAAGGAAAUACUGUGUAUUCAUGAAGAGACCUACCUUGCAGCAGUAAUGGCAGGUACUUUUAUUUGGGUUAUAAAGAAGACAGGAAAACCAGUGGCAGAAGCAUUGGACAACUAUUCUAAGGAAAUUUUGGAUUCCUUUAAUGUAUCUCGUAACCAACAAGUAGAUUCCUUGCAGACAGCCAUUGAGAAUGAAAAGAAAUUGGAUGAAAUGUUAUUGUGUCGUAUAGACAUUGCUGAGAUCUUAAAGGAAAACAAUGUGAUGAGUAUGGAGUUGGAGUACAGAAACAGGCUUCACUCAGUUCACAAAGAAGUUAAGAAGCGUCUUGAUUACCAACUCGAGAUAGAACAAUUUAAGCGCAAGGUUGAACAGGACCACAUUAUAGACUGGGUUGAGAAAGAGGUUAUUAAAAGCAUAUCACCACAACAGGAGAAAGAAAGCAUCUCCCAGUGUAUCAAAGAUCUUAAAGCCAUUGCUGGUUCUGUUUAGAAAACUGAAUGUUGUCUGCUCAAUUGUUUUCAUCGUUUGUAAUCUUGAGACAUAAUCUUGCAGUGUUUGGCUGUUUGUGAGAGAAUAAAAGGGUUUUAAAUACUUAAA